AUGAUUACCAGUUUUGGUUUAUGGAACCUUUUUUUACUAACAAGAACUUCAGCUGGAAAGACUUGGAUAGGUUGUGGAUUGCAUAUUCCAUACGCUAUGAGCUUGGUUCCUAAGGAACUGUGGUGUACUUGUAUUUCGGGAUCCGGUGUUGAAAGUGAAUAUCCUCCUAAGUUUGGUGAUGGAGUUGCAAACGAGGAAAAUGAAUUAGAGGUUAAAAUUCACUCUUAG